AUGUUGUUCAUCAAAUACUUGAACAGGUGGGAUGGUGGCUCAAGACUGCUGGCGGUUAAAAUAAUUCUGCUCUUCUUCUUCCUUCCUGACUGUGUCAAUGAGCGUUUGAAAUCCAUCUGCAUCCAGCCUUCCAAAGCUCAGAGCAAGAUUAGCACCUCCAGAUCACAAAUGAUACUUGGAGCAUUUAUUUCACUUAGGUAUAUUGAAGAUGUAAUAGAGAGUUUAACAAAAAAGCCAUAUACCUCCAGAAAUAGAUUCCUAAUACCCAAAAACUUCCAGCACCGGUUUUCUAUGUCUUUUACCAUUCAUGAGAUCAACAGAAAGUUCCCCAACACUUCAGUAGUCCUGAGAUUUUAUGAAAACAGUUUCAGUGUCAGGCGGGCCAGUAAACAUGUUCUAGGACAUCUGUUUCUGGACCAAGGGAGUCCUAUCAACUUCAACUGUGCUGGAAGGAAGAAGACAGACUUCUUGCCCAUCAUUGGAGGCCUCCACUCUCAAAACUCUCUCCAGAUGGCCCACAUUUUGAACAGCUACAAGUUUCCACAGCUUGGUUUUGGUCAGUUUGACCCAGUCCUGAGUGAUAAAGAGCAGUUCCCUUAUUUUUUCAGUAUGGUUCCCAAUGAUAAUGUCCAAUAUGAGGGCAUUAUUCAUUUACUGAAACAUUUUGGAUGGAACUGGAUUGGCCUCCUAGCAUCAGAGGAUGAGAAUGGGGAAGCCUUUCUUCAAAGUAUCCAGCCAAAGCUCUUCCAGAAUGAUAUUUGUAUUGCUUGGAAGCAAUUGAUCCCAGCUUUUAAAGGUGGAGAGUCUACUGAAGGAGCAAUUACUUCACAUAUAUCCAACAUACAAGACACUAUGAUAGUGAAGAAAAUUGAUGUGUUCCUUGCUUUUGGGACAACCCAAUCUAUGGAGGCUUUACAAAUAAUGCUGUAUCUUUCUGAAAGGUCCAAGAAAAAGAAAGUAUAUCACAGAGUGUGGAUCAUGACCUCUCAGUGGGAUUUCACUGUGAUGAUAUUUAAAACUGGGAGUUUCCCAGCCCAAACUUUCAAUGGGUCCUUAUACUUUGCACUGCACACAAAAACGGUGCCAGGCUUUCAUGGGUUUCUUGAGAGGAGAAAGCAAUUUGCAAACUCCUCUUCUCUCAUGAGUAGUUUUUGGUGGACUAUAUUUGAUUGUUCCUUCCGUCCAAAUUCCAAAGGAGUGAAACGCUGCACUGGGAAGGAAGACCUGGCCAGAGUCCCUGGUUCCGUGUUUGAAAUGACCAUGUCUGGAGAGAGCUACAAUAUCUACAAUGCAGUUUAUUCUGUAGCACAUGCUCUGCAAGCAAUGCGUUCAAGAAGAGCAAAGCAAGCUGCAUUGAGGAAUCCGAAGGGAGCAAAUCCUGAUUUUCAUUUUCAGCCAUGGCAGCUUCACUACUUUUUGAGAAACGUUCGCUUUAACAACAGUGCAGGAGAAGAAAUAUUUUUUGAUGAGAAGGGGGAUUUUGAUCCAGGGUACGACAUCUUCAACUUGGUCGUCUUUCAGAAUAGAUCUUUCCAGAGAGUCCAUGUUGGAAGGAUGGACUCCAAAAUUUCUGAUGGGAAAAUGUUCACUCUCAAUGAAAGUGCCAUUGUGUGGAAUCCCAAAUUUCGGCAGGUACCUCCUAAGGCCAGAUGUGUGGAGAGCUGUCUCCAGGGCUACAGCAGGGUUGUUGAGGAGGGAAAACCAUCUUGUUGCUACAGUUGCAGAAAAUGUCCUGAAGGAAGAAUUUCAGUCCAAACUGAUGCAGAUCAAUGUGAGAGAUGCCCAGAAGAGCAAUAUUCAAAUGCAGAAAGAGAUCAGUGCCUUCCCAAACAUUUCAGCUAUUUAUCUUUUAGUGAACCAUUAGGAAUCACUCUGACUUCCUUGAUUCUUUUCUUUUCGGCAACCCUCAUUUUGGUGGCAUUGACUUUCUUUCUUCACUGGGACACCCCCAUUGUCAAAGCAAACAACAGAAACAUCACAUGUGUCCUUAUUUCUUCUCUUCUUCUUUGUUUUCUCUGUUCCUUUUUGUUCAUUGGUUGGCCUGGGAAAGUGACUUGCAUUCUCAGGCAAACAGUCUUUAGUAUCAUUUUCUCCAUUUCAAUUUCCUGUGUUUUGGCCAAAACCAUUACAGUCGUCCUAGCCUUUUUGGCCACCAAGCCAGGAAACACAAUGAGGAAGUGGCUAGGAAAAGGUCUGGAGAGAUCAGCCAUUGUCCUUGGCUCCUUCAUCGAAAUUGUUAUCUGUGGGGUAUGGUUGAUCAUAUCUCCUCCCUUCCCAGAAUUAGAUAAGCAUUCACAGGUUGAGGAAAUUAUUGUGCAGUGUAAUGAAGGUUCGGAUAACAUGUUCUAUAUUGUCCUGAGCUACUUGGGAUUGUUGGCCACCAUCAGUUUCAUUGUGGCAUUCUUUGCAAGGAAAUUACCAGACACUUUCAAUGAAGCCAAGCUGAUCACAUUCAGCAUGCUUGUAUUUUGCAGCAUUUGGGUGUCCUUCAUCCCAGCUUAUCUGAGCACCAAGGGGAAAUACAUGGUGGCUGUGGAGAUCUUCUCCAUCUUGGCUUCUGCUGCAGGCCUACUGGGCUGCAUCUUUCUCCCCAAGUGUUACAUCAUAAUCUUAAAGCCACAACUUAACACAAAACAACAUCUGACCCGAAAAUAA